AUGCCUGCUGAGAACGAGUCACCCGCGAGAGAGCCCACCACUCGCGGUCGCGGCCGUGGUGGACGAGGUCGCGGUGGACGAGGUCGUGGCGGUCGUGGUGGCUCUAGUGCUGCUGUGGCCAAACCUCCUGCCACCAAGACCGGCCGCGGCGGAUCGCGAAGAGGCCGAGCAAAGAACUUCUCGGACUCGCGCGUCCAAGCUGCUUACGAGCGCCAACGGCACCUCAAGGCCACGUACCAGGCGGUUGCUCAUGCGCUCAAACCCGCGUUGCAGGAGCUCGCCGAGCGCAGCAUCGACGAGGCCAUCCAGAACCCAGACACAUACAGACACGCGGAUGAGCACUUCCCCGUCAUCCGUCAACUCCAGGCCAAUCUCCAACGCAAGCUGGCUGAACACGAGCACCGUCUGAAUUGGGAUCUUAAGCUCGCCGAGGACAUGCAUCGCGCUGACAAUUACGUGGCCGAGCAAGAGUUCGCGAACGGCUUCAACGACAUUGAGGAGCAAUUCUUCCAGAGCCAAGAGAACCGCGCUCGCGUUCUCGCUGCCCUCCAAGCAAAAGGUCUUCCCGUUGAUGUCCGCGAUGACCAAUAUGAGUACAAAGUUAUCUCAGAUGAGCAUUUUGACAAAGACUUCGGCAUUUAUGAAUGCUACAAGAAUGGUUAUCUUGUACCCUAUCCCUCGCGUGUUGAGGGGACCGAGAUGUGGCAAAAGGCUCGUGAUGCCGACGCCGCCGUGGCCGCAACUACCACCGUCCCCUCCGCACCAACCAGAGGCGGCCGUGGUAGAGGCCGUGGUGGUAUCAAACGGAGAGCCCCAGAGCAACCCGAUGGCCAACCCACGCCCAAGAAGAGCACCAGGGGGACAUCCGAUCUUCUUGGCACACCCAUGGGCAUGGCACCAUCCAAGGGCCUGCUUGCUUCCGCCGCCGAAGUUGAGGAUACUCCUGAGGGAACCCCGGGUGAUGAGGACUCUGUCCCAGCAUCUCCUGAACCACCCAGUUUCUUCAACGGCCUCGCGCCCGCGGCACUCGCCAAAGCGCAGGGCAAACUCCCCUCUCGCGAGAAGAGCCCUCAGCUGCCGAAGAACAUCUCGGACCCAGAUGAGUAUGGCUUCCGCAUAUACAACCAGCGAUCAAACUUCCGAGAGAAGGGGGGCAACAGCCGUCUAAUUACCCCGCACCUCUUUUGGUUCGAGGACUGGGAGAUUGGUUUCCGAGAUACUACCAAUGACUCUACCAAGGGCCACAACCGUGCGAAGCGUGGCAAGUACCUUGAUACCCCCAACAGCAACGGGAUGCAUUUUGAUCACUGGUGCAACGGUUACGAUUUUUCGUCCACCACACCGGAAGAUUUCGACUUGGAAAUGGUCAAGCGCUACGGCGUGCAUCCCAAGUAUGGUGUCCUCAUGCCUAAUCGCCCAAUUGUCUACGAGGAGCCAUCGCCCUGUGUCAUGCCUGGCAAGCCGGUGGUUUACAUCGCGAACCCUUCUGGGCGAGUUCACCACGCUUCACGGUCCUUCCUCAAGGUCACGAACCACCGUCGCUCCGACGAUAACCCGUGGCGGGUAAAGAUUGGUGCCUCCUUCAGACGCUUCUGCAAGAUUGACGAUAUCGAACUCGAAGAUGUUUCCGUUUCCGACUAUGCCCGCCCUGACGAGGACCUCCAGGCCCAGUCUUUGGGCACUGCAAUCAAGGAACUCGAAUCUAGACCCAUCAUUAAGGAAGAAGAGUCGGAGCCAGAGGAGGAGUCGGUUGAAGAAGAGGUGCUUCCUCUCCAAGAAGGUGGAUUCACUGACCUCUCCGUUUUGACAUAUGCGAGUGCAUUCCUCGAAGCACAGGAGACAGCCAAGGCCGCGCGACCUGCGCCAAAACCGGCUCGUUAUGAUGCGAUCCGCGAUGUCUUUACGGACUCUAAGCCAGCCGCCGCUCCCGCUCCAGAGGCGGACCCCCACCUUGGCCUUAACCUUCUUGCGCAGCUUAGCAACGUCGUGAGCACCUCCGAUGAUCCAAAUGCCGUCAAUGGCAUGGGCCCUAAGCCAAUCGAACACUUGAGCGUCACCGAGUCGGAUCUUCGAAGUACAAUCCCUCGGGGUAACGAACUUCCCCCGGUUGCCCCUAACCCGAUCCCCAUUGACCCUCGGUUCAAUCCUACUGAGGCUCCCCAAGGGUAUAUGCACUCACAACCUCGUGCACAACCGCCGAUGCAACCGACCGGCCUGGUGCACCCCCAUCCUGCGGAUGUGAUGCCGUACCCACCCGUCCACGAUCAUCCUGUACCACAACAUCAACAAGUGCGACCAUCCGACUACCCGCCCCCUCCACAGCAAGGACACCCCCAAGACCCAGGGGCAUACAUGUCGCAUGGUGGCUACCCUAACCAAGGCCAUCGUGAUGUUCACAUGAACCAAGGCCGUCCAAUUGAUCCUGGAUUCAAUCCUCGCCGUAUGAGCGGCUACGGCGCGGAUGCCACUGAUUACUCACGAUCAUACUGGUCACAGCAACCGCCUCCUGGCCCGCAAGCUCCGCCUGCGUCGGCUCCAGGCCCUUCUCCCCAUUAUCAAUCGCAGUCUUUGGCACCCUCGCGCAUCCCAUUCUCCCACAACGCCAGUGCUGAGCCCUUGCCUCCACUUCGACCACCUAGAGGGCGAAACCAGUCUGUGGAGGAAGGGAUCAUUGACCCCAAUAUGCGACCGGGCGUCCAUAACAGCCUUGGGGGUUCAUACUAUCCCCCAGGCCCCUCUCGGUCCUACCAUCGAGGUUACGCAGCCCCGGAGCCACAUGGGCCGCCGCAGUUGCAACCCAUCACCACGGACAGGAUCCUCCCUAACCCGCAAACUAGUGGCCAGGGAUACAUGACCUCCCCUAACCUUGGCUAUGCUCACCAGGUUCUGUCGCCUACUUACGGAAACCCUCCUUCAAUGGCUCCCAUGGUUCACAGCCCCCAAGAAACCCCGCCAGGUCUCCCAAACUCGAUCCACCGUCAUAGAUCUACCCCUUCCGGAUCCUCUGACGCAGGGAACAAAUACAGAAAAUUGCAGCCCGCUCCGGUUCCCGCGCACCGUGCCUGGCCAAACAAGCCAGAAUUGAAGACCAUACCAUACGACCACAAGGAAACCGGAUCUGCUGCAGCCUUGCCCAGCUCAGGCCCGACCCAGAUCAGGGGCUGGAACGUGAACCAACCCCGGAAGAGAGGUAAAGUUGACAAGCAUGAGAGAGGCGAGCCCGGGCAAGAUCGAGAAGACUCCCGAUAG